AUGGCAGUGCCGAAUAUGGUGUUCUCCGACGUGGAAAGUUUCUUGGACUCGCAUCCUGAGUUAUUCGAGGAAUACCUGAACAGAAAGGGGAAUUAUAGCAUGGUGGAGAAAUGGCUCAAGAACCACCACCAGGCGGGCAAAAGUCCGGUGGCGGUGGCGGCGGCGGCUCCUGGUGCCGAGACGCGGGAGGACAAGAGCGGCGUGGGUAAGGACAGCAGCUGGGCGAGCAAAUGCGACGGCCUGAAGCGGAGAGCCUCGCAGAAGGAGCUGCGCAAAACUUUCGCCAGGUCCAAGGCCAUGAACGUGAACAGGACCUACGACGAGCACGUCAACUCCAGGGCCCAGGAGCCGCUGACGAGCAUGAGGAGGAGAGCUCUGCUGAGGAAGGCGAGCUCCUUGCCCCCGACCACUGCGCACAUCCUGAGCGCACUGCUGGAGUCCAGAGUCAACAUCCCCCAGUACCCGUCCACAGCCGUGGAUUUCAAGUAUUACCUCAAAGAACACAACGAGAGGGAGUUUUUCCUGGAGCUCGUAAAAGACAUAUCCAACGACCUGGAUCUAACGAGCCUGAGCUACAAAAUCCUCGUGUUUGUUUGCAUUAUGGUGGACGCCGACCGUUGCUCCUUGUUCUUAGUGGAGGGGACCGGCAACAAGAAGACACUGGUGUCCAAGUUCUUUGACGUGCACGCGGGCACCACCGUUUUGCCCUCGAUGAAAUCUGGCGAAGUUCAGGUGCCGUGGGGGAAAGGGAUCAUUGGAUACGUGGCCGAGCACGGAGAGACCGUGAACAUCCCUGACGCUUAUCAGGAUCAUCGGUUCAGUGAGGAAAUCGACAAGCUGACAGGCUAUAAAACCAGGUCGCUCCUCUGCAUGCCCAUUCACAACAGCGACGGAGAGAUCAUUGGAGUCGCCCAGGCCAUCAACAAGAACUCAAGUGGACAACUCUUCACUGAAGAUAAUGAAAAGGUGCUGCAGAUGUACCUGCCAUUUUGUGGUAUCGCAAUCUCCAAUGCCCAGCUCUUCGCAGCUUCAAGGAAGGAGUAUGACAGGAGUCGGUCACUCUUGGAGGUCGUCAAUGAUCUGUUCGAGGAGCAGACCGACCUGGAGAAGAUUGUCAGGAAGAUCAUGCACCGUGCCCAGACAUUGCUAAAGUGCGAGCGCUGCUCUGUUCAAUUGCUGGAGGAUAUUGAGUCACCGGUGGUGAAGUUCACCAAGUCGUUUGAGCUGCUGUCUCCUAAGUGUAGUGCAGACACUGAAAACAGUUUUAAAGACAGUAUGGAGAAAUCCUCUUACUCAGACUGGCUCAUCAACAACAGCAUUGCGGAGCUGGUAGCCUCCACAGGACUCCCUGUGAACAUUAGCGACGCCUAUCAGGAUCCACGCUUUGAUGCUGAGGCAGACCAGUUCUCGGACUUCCACAUCCGCUCUGUGCUUUGUGUCCCGAUAUGGAACAGCAAUCACCAAAUCAUUGGUGUCGCUCAAGUUCUGAACAGGCUUGACCGGAAACCAUUUUAUGAUGCAGACCAGCGUCUCUUUGAGGCAUUUGUGAUCUUUUGUGGACUGGGCAUCAACAACACUAUCAUGUACGACCAGGUGAAGAAGUCUUGGGCCAAACAGUCCGUGGCUUUGGAUGUGCUGUCUUACCAUGCCACUUGCUCCAAGACUGAAGUUGACAAAUUCAAGGCUGCGAACAUCCCCCUGGUUUGCGAGCUGGGCAUCGACAAGCUGUCCUUUGACGAUUUCUCUCUGGACGUCGACGCCAUGAUAACAGCCGCUCUGAGGAUGUUCAUGGAGCUGGGAAUGGUGCAGAAAUUCAAGAUUGACUACGAGACGCUGUGCAGAUGGCUGCUGACUGUCCGAAAGAACUACAGAAUGGUCCUUUACCACAACUGGAGACAUGCCUUCAACGUCUGCCAGUGCAUGUUUGCCAUGUUAACGACGGCGGGCUUCCAGGAGACUCUGACAGAGGUGGAGAUCUUGGCGCUUAUAGUCGGCUGUGUGUGCCACGACUUGGACCACAGGGGCACCAACAAUGCUUUCCAGGCAAAGACGGGCUCAGCCCUUGCUCUGCUUUAUGGGACCUCUGCUACACUGGAGCACCACCACUUCAACCACGCUGUUAUGAUCCUGCAGAGUGAGGGUCACAACAUCUUCUCCAACCUGUCAUCCACGCAGUACGGGGACCUCAUGCAGCUGCUCAAACAGUCCAUUCUGGCCACUGACCUCACACUCUACUUUGAGAACAGAAACACGUUCUUUGAGCUGGUCAGCAAAGGAGAAUACAACUGGAAUGUGAAGGCUCAUAGAGACAUGUGCAGGUCCAUGAUGAUGACAGCCUGUGAUCUCGGUGCUGUCACUAAACCUUGGGACAUAUCACGCAAGGUGGCAGAGUUGGUGACCAGCGAGUUCUUCGAGCAGGGCGACCGAGAGAGAUCGGAGCUGAAGCUCACACCCUCGGCCAUCUUUGAUCGGAACCGGAAGGAUGAGUUGCCGGGGCUACAGCUGGAGUGGAUUGACGGAAUUUGCGCGCCGCUGUACGAGACUCUGGUCAAGUUGAAUCCCAAACUCCAGCCGAUGCUCGACAUGAUCCGAGCGAACAGGGACAAAUGGGAGGAACUGAACAGAAAGAGACAACGUGGCCAGAGCGUGUCUGGGCCCUCCAGCCAGUGCAGCGUGGACGGCACAGAAACCAGCGGCUGCACCGUGGCCAAAACCGGCAGCUCACCCUGCUGCAGCGGUGGCGAUGCCGACGGCACAGCCUCCAAACCUGUUAGUUAGCUUCUGUCGCCACCUGCGAGUUGAUGUCUUAGGCUUCUUUCCUCUUAAAUGCAGCCUGCAACAGAGGCAGUGCAGUGCAGUGCAUGCAGAGGUUGUUGGGCUCUGCUCCUCUUCGCUUUUGCUACUAGAGACGAGCUUUGGACUUGAGUGCGGCGCUAUCAUAGAGGUUUUUCUGCUCCCUUCAGUCUUCCCGUUGUGCUGAGGGCUGACAGAGCUGUGUUGGGCACGCUUGUCGGAGCGGACACGAAUCAGCUGAUGACACCAUGUCAAAACGGAAACUCAAAGCACUGUGUCAACAUGUCAACCAGUGAGCUAACUCCAACUAUUCUGGGCAUUGGACCCGUUUUCUGCACACAAAGGCAUGAAGAAUAUGGCAGAGGAACAUUCGCCUCUGCCGUGGUUGGUUUUUUCGCUCCCGGUACCUCCUUGUUGCUCACAUUUUGUCCGGGGUGACAGAGAUCUGAUUUUUGUAAAUUUGUACAUAGGCAGUUGAGUUAACUGCUGUUUGAAAAGGCUCUGGAUUGUAAGGCUGUAGAGUCUCUGAAGGAUAAAGCGGUGCAGGAACAGCAGGACCUGUGACAAUGCUUGCAAUGCAAAUUGAGUGCUCUGCUCCCCCCCCCCCUUCCUGUGCCUUGUUUUAAGAUCCUAAUGGAAAUGCAUGGCCUCCUCACCUAGAUUCUUAGUUAGUAUGGAAAUCCGUGUUGAACCAUGACGUUGUGUUUCUUUUGCCAUAAUUUGUAAAACCAAUGACUGCAGUUUUGUCUCAACCCCAUGUUAGCCACAAGGCACUGACAUUAUAUAAACAUAUGGAAAAUCUAUUUUGCCCAGUUUUAUAAAUGCAGGGUCUCACUUGUCACACAUACACACACACACACAAUGUGCCUUGAUGAAGAUAUUCUGGAAUCAUAGAUAAAUAAAUUUCUACCCACACUGACAGCUCAAACAUAAAGUAACACACAGUAGUUCCUAAUGCAACAAAAAUACACCAAAGCUCUCAGGAAUACACCUACUCGCUUUCUGUUGGUCUCAAAUGUGCUAACAGCCACUUAUCCCAGCUCAGCAUAAAGACUGGAAACAAAGGGAAACAGCUAGCCAAGCUCCGUCCAAAGGAAGUAGCCUACAGUAAAAUCGGCUGCCUCUAAAACUCAUUAACACUUCAUCUUGUCUAGUUUUCACAAGGCUAGUUUGCUGCAGUACAAGAUUAUGUGUUUGCCAGCACCAAACAUGUCUUGUCUCCAGUGGUUAUAUUUUGUAAAGAAAUCCUCCAACACAUAAUCUCUCGAAAAACAGCGAAUUGUCCUUUUCACAUCUUGUUUUAGUAAAGUAGAUUCAACGUGUUAAUUAAUGAGCUUUAGAGGUGUUGGUGGACGGAUUUUGUUUCACAGGCCGUAAAUAAAGAUGGACGACGCAUCCCCUUGUCCUCCCACUAUUCCGAAAUAAAGGGGGGGGGGGGCAGUGCACCCAAUAGUUAAUAAUAAGAGAGACAGCGAUAAGACUCGACGAAGACAUUUUGACAAAAAAGUCAUCGUCCAGGAACUUUAUCACAUCCUCCUCCACCGUUUGUUGUCAGAAACUCUCCACUCUGCGCUGCCCUCUAGUGGAUGUAUGAUUUAACAACCAUGCCAUGGUAAAAGACACCUGGAAGUGUGUGGGCAGUGACGGUUAAAUCGUUUGAAACGGAAAAAUCUCUAUUUAUUCACAUGGGCAGCAUAUACAAGCCUUAGCAUUGAAGAGGCAGAGUUUAUGAUCCAUACCGCGGCCAGCCAGCAGGAGGCGAUCGAGACGCUUUGGCUUCACUUAAGGGAAGCGGUCAUGUCAUCCAUCUUUAUAUACAGUUUAUGGUUGUACAGGAUCAGGCUAGUUUGCUCACUCUAGUAUUAUUUAACGGACAGAUAUGAGACUUAUAUCCCUUUGUUCAACCUUUUCUCAGAAAGCGAAUAUGUGAAUUUCCUGAGAAUUUUCCUUAAAUCUCUUUUUGUGUCUUUUUUUCUCACUAAUUUAAUAGAGGACUGAAGACUUGUAGUACUGAAGAGCCCAUUCACAAACUGUUAUUUUCCUUUGAUGGUUAUUAUUCUAAGUAUUUUUUAGAUGGGGGCAUGUAUGCCUUAUGAAUUGUGUUGUACCUUUGUUAAUUGGAGUUGUGUUAAUUGGACUGUGUCAUCGUGUGGCAUGGAUCUGUGUGCUCCACUGUAUUUUAGUUGAAGAGCUGAAUUGAAGUCAACCAGAAGAAUUAUGAAUUGCAUGUUUUAUGCAGUAUUAAAUCCAACCACUUGCUAAUGUAGCAAACAUGUGAGCCGACAAAUACCUCGUACUUUGAACUUCACCAGUAAAACCGACUAUCUCAUCGGGAGAAAUGCAUGACUUAAAUUCUAUUGCAUCAUGUUACGUGAAUUAUGGAUAUCGUUGUUCUAUUUUUCUAUUAGGUCUCCAGACGUGGCCGACUUCUACUCGUCUUUUUGCGAUGUAACGUGCUUCUUGUAUUUCUUCUCCCCUCUCAGUUUGGACUCUGGAUUUAUUUACAGCGGGCUAAACUGAAGGAAUCUUUAAGGCAUGAAAAGGCAAAUGUGCAAUGUUUCUGUUCAGAGUUUAAAUAAAAAGAUGCUGCUA